AUGACCUCCAUCGUGGACGAUUGCGCUCAUCAAUGCCUUCUUCCCGAUGGCCAAGCCACAAUUUGUGAUUCCCUGCCGCCCUUUGACGAGGAGCUCGUCGGGGAUGUUACAGUCGAAGAGCUUUCUCUGCCUGCGCCCUCUGAGACGCUUGACGACAACCAAGUCACCUCUGGCUCAUCACUCCCUGCAACUCCCGCGGAGCGACCGUGCACUUUUUGCCCAAGCUCCUUGCCGUUGCCUCCCGCAUCGUGUCCAGCGCGCGCGACGCUGGUGCUGGACCUGGACGGCACUCUGAUUGCUAGCGAAGAGCUUAAUGCCGCAAACUCCGCGUACCUAUGGAACACGCCUGCUGGAGCCCGCGCGCCUGACUACGAGGCGAUGGGACGCCGUGUGUGGCUACGCCCAGGUGUAAGGGAGUUCUUGUCAGGUGUCAGGCCUCACUUCGAGGUUGUGCUGUUUACGGCUGCGACCCAGAACUGGGCGGCGGCAGCAAUCGAGCAGUUGGACCCGGCAGCGGAGCUCUUUGACGUAAUGCUGCAUCGGGACCAUACAACGUCCGAUUUGAUGUGGGACUACGUCAAGGACUUAUCCCGGUUGGGCCGAGACCUUGCGCGCGUGGUAAUUGUGGACGACAACCCGCUAAUGUUCAUGUACCAGCCCGAUAACGCGCUUCAUAUCGGGGCGUACGAAGCUUCCAUCGCGGGCGGCCCCGACAAUGUGUUGCCACGAGUGUCGGAAGUACUCAUAAACCAGGUGGCGCAUGCCAACGACGUCCGGGAAAUUCUAGGACCCAUGGCCGCUGCCAAGUGCUGUAUCACGUCGACAGUUUCGACGGCCGAUGCGGCUACCCAGGCGGAUGUGCAGCAGCAUGGUUCCGCCGCCGCCGGGGUGAUGACUGGAACGAGCGCUGAACAGGCGGAGAGGGACUAUGGGUCCAGCAGUGGCGACCACAGUAUGGUUGAUGCGGCUGAUCACGAGGUCAGCUGCUGUGCAGCCGAGGUACAUGAUGGGGAACGCGUGCAGGGUGAUGCUGCAAUGGACGGCAAUUGGGUCGUCGGGGGUUAUGCGGGCACCCAGGUACCUCACGAUGGGCAAGGCACGCAGGAGCAGGCACAGCAGCGGCAGCCUGAGGAUAGCCAGUGGAGUAAUGGGCUUAGUAACGGUUGUGAGUCUGAAGGCUCGCUUGCUGACAACGCGGAGAAGGAUCUUGAGUGGGAGGGGGAUGAUGAAGGUGCUGAAACGUUUGACGAGCACGGUGCAGCGGCACAGCUGGGAGCGGACGUUGUGGGAAAUAGCCAUCGCCAUCGUACCUGGGAUGAACCGCGUUGCAGUCGUAAGGCCAGCGAAGCAGCAGCCACGGAGACAGCAGGGGUAUCUGCUGCCGUGGUGCAGGAGAGUGGAGAGCAGGACAGCGACGCAUGUCCUGAGGAGCAUAGCGCCAAUAGCAGUGAGGACUUCGAAGCUCUUAUGGAUGAUGCGAUGGCGGAGUACGAUAGUGAUGCAUACGAGAGUCCGUACUGCGCCGGGACCGAGUACGACUAUUCCUGCUCAGCCGGGAAACCCGCAUCUGGUGCGAUCCUUCCGAGAAGUCCGAUCCGCGCAGCUGAUCACGCAGCUGGUAACGGCAACGCUGGCACCGACGGCAUCUGCCAAGCUUUUCCCAGCAGCUGCAGUCAUCGUCCAUGCGCCUUUCAGGUGCCCUGUGCUCUCGGUAGCGAGGCCGCCACGGAUCUUGUGGUGUACAGCCGUAUUGAAGCUGCUGCUGAGCAGCCGGUCGCUUAUGCACGGGUGGACAGCAUAGACGCUAGUUUCGAUGGCAGCAACUCGAUAGUAUCCGUUCCUAUUGAGACUGCUUGUAUUGCAGCAGGCGCUGCCGCAGCUGAGACUUCGACGAAUUCUGGUCGACCGUCGCUGAUGGUCUGCGCUGAUGCUGCGGGAUUAUCUAAUCAGCACCCAUGUCACAUCCUAGAGGAUGCGCAGGCGCAGCCACGACAGCCACCGCUUCCGACAGGGAUGGUUUUCCUAACGGACCUUAAUCCGGCGUUUGGUGCUGGAUGCGCCACCCCAGAUGCCGCUCCGGCAUCGCCCGGAGGUUACGAAGCUAUUGCCUUGUCGGCGUCGGCAGCUCCUGCGGGAGGAGACAUCUCCCGGAAAAUGGGUUCCCUAGGCUGCAAACGUAUGCGGGCGGAGACCGAGGGAAGCAGCGAUGUGUCGGACGGGGCAAGGGAGGUUGCAGCUAAGUUGUGGUGCCAUAGCACUCCCCACAGCACUCGGAUGCACCUUUCACGCUGCGAUGCCCACGCUGGCGACACUCUGGCGGCGAGCGUUGCUGUCGGCUCAUGCUCUGUUCUCCCAGCUGCUGAGGCGGUAGUGCUCGCUGGUGCAUCCUCUUAG